CCAAAUUAUGCAUGACGACUUUGUUCUGUCGGACAGAUCUCGUACGGCUCGCUGGGCGACGCCAAGGGUGCCGUCAUGAAGGGCAAGGCGUACGCCGCCGUCCACUUGCAGGACAACUUCACCGAGAACCUCUUCGCCCGCAUCAACGACGGGCAGCACGCCACCAACGAGACGCUGCUCGGCUCGGAGGUGAACGUGUGGCUGGACAACUCGAACUCCUACAUCACGACGCUCAUGCAGUCGGACAUGACGUACGGCACCAUAGAGCUGCUGCAGAACACGCUGGGCCACUGUGACUACAACCCGGCCGUGGCGGGAAUACCAGUCAGGUUCGAGAGCCCCAUCUACGGCGACAUCAACACGGACUUCCUGGACUUUGCUUCGCCCGGCUGCGCCCUCACGCUGAUAUUCUUCAUGUCAUUGGCUUCGGCUGUCGGUGCCAUUCUGUCCGAGAAGAACGAGGGUCUGCUGGACCGCAGCCUCGUCAUGGGGGUGACGAUGCGCGAGGUCAUGUGGUCUCACAUCAUCAUCCAGACUAUGAUGAUGAUCCUCCAGACCAUCAUCGUGCUCGUUGGCUUCUUUGUCGUCCUGCAGAUCACCAACGAUGGCCCUCUGUUUUGGGUGGUGCUGCUGUGCGUGCUGCAGGGUUUCUGUGGCAUGUGUCUCGGGAUGCUGGUCUCCAGCCUCACGGACUCGGACCGCGAGGCUACUUUCGUGGCGCUCGGCUCCUUCUUCCCCUUCAUCGUGAUGAGCGGCAUGAUCUGGCCCGUCGAGGGAAUGCACAUCGCGCUGCGCCGCCUCGGCUGGGCGCUGCCGCUCACCCUGGCCACCACCUCGCUGCGGUACAUGAUGUCCCGGGGCUGGGGGCCCGCGCACCCGGAGGUGUGGUACGGCUUCGUCUCCACCAUCGUCUGGAUCGGCAUUUUCCUCUCCUCCGUGCUGUUCGUGCUGCGCAAGCGGCGGUGAGGAGGCCCUGGAGGAGAGGCCGCGGCCGCGCCCCGAGCCCGAAGAGAACAGUACCUGACGUGUUCCGACCCAUCGGAGAUGACGCUGGUCACAGUUUGCAAAACUGCCUUAGUCAAGUAGGAUUUUUUGUUUGUUUUUGUGUUCUGUGUCCAGCGGCAUUUGUUUUGGAUUAGUUCUGACGACGAGAUUAAAAUAAACGGAUGCAGAAAAGUGGUGAUUGGCUGGUAAGGACUGUCACCGCAACGACUAAACAUCAAACCUAACCGAAUUUGUGAUAACUGUAGGGAGUUUUCUCUGCGGCGUGUUUGAUAUAGAGUAGCUGGAAUCAUUUUUUUUAGUGAUCAGAAGAUAGCAGCAUUCAGCAUUCGAUACCUGUUAAACUGUACAUAUUUCUCUUCAGCCUAGAAUAGUUGUCUACUCCGUCCAUGAAAUUACUUUGUUGCAAAAUGCAGUUUGCCGUUUGCGCCAUUUAGCUGUUUGCCAUAACUGACGCGGACUGAAUUCCAGGAUCUCUGAUUUAUUUUAUUGUGUAUCCUAUAACGCUCAGAGUGCAGCUUUGCGCAUAAAUAUUUUUAUUGUACAUAGAACAAAGGCCAUAAAUAAAUUCUAACAAAACCUC